AUGACGAGUUGUCAUCACAAGGCAAUUUUGCGGGCCAAAGCCGACGAACGUGAUGUGGCUUGGUUUUUAAGACCCAGCAUCAUACUGUCAGAAAAGAUUCCUCUAUGGGAGAGUUGGAAAACGCCAACCAAAGUUGAUGAAAGAAUUGUGGGAGGAGAGGAAGCUAAUAUAGAGGACUAUCCAUACCAAGUAUCCUACACCUUUAAUAAUUCAUAUUUUUGCGGAGGAUUUAUUGUCAGCGAAAACUAUAUCCUAACAGCCGGCCACUGUUCUCAGAACGUCGAUCCAUCAACAGUUGUACUCCGUGCUGGAAGUUCCUAUCGCCAAAAUGGUACAAUAAUACCCAUAGCAGAAGUAAUGGCCCAUCCAGAGUAUGAUGAUCCCGCGUUUGAUAAGGACGUCGGUUUUAUGAGGACAGCUGAACCCAUACAAUUUAGUGACACAAUACAACCAAUACAACUUGCAGAGAGAGAAAGACCACUUGUAGGUGAUAUCCAAGUUACUGGAUGGGGAAGGCUCAAGCAAGGACAAAAUCCGAUUCCAAAUAGACUGAUGCGUGUUAAAGUACCAGUUGUUAAUUACUGGCAGUGUACAUUAUCGUACUUCAGUGUUUUGACCAAGAAUAUGUUCUGUGCUGGUAAUUUCUUCCUUGGAGGACAAGGGACUUGUCAGGGAGAUUCGGGAGGCGCUGCAAUACAAGAUGGGAAGGCGGUCGGUAUUGUUUCCUUUGGUAGAGGUUGCGGCCAGGCUUUUUCACCGAGUGUAUUCGCAAACAUAGCAUCACCAGCAAUAAGGGAUUUCAUUACCCAACACACUAACUUAUAA